AUGUUGUUACUAGGUAGCAGUGCUAUUUUGUUUCGGGUGAGUGGCUGUGUGAGUGCCACACCUUUAAACCACAAUUUAUUUGUACUCUUGCAGGGACUGGACCCAUUGGCAGUGUCUGCUGUAUUCUGUGCGGCGCAAUACAUGGGAGAAAAAGAAAUCUCAGGCAUGGAUUGUUUCGUGCUAAAGCUUUCGGCAGAUCAGAAGGACCUGGUUGACCGGAGCGACAACACUGCUGAGAUGAUAAAGCACGUUGCAUUUGGUUACUUCAGCCAGAAAAAUGGACUACUGGUGCACCUAGAGGACUCUUACCUCACCAGGAUUCAAUCCCCUGGGACGCACCCCACCUAUUGGGAGACCACUAUGUCAACAAAAAUUGAUGAUUACCGAAUGGUGGAUGGCGUGAUGAUUGCACAUGCUGGCCAUUCAACCGUGAUCAUCACAAGGUUCGGGGACAAUCUAAAGACUGGCCCUGCCAUCACUCGGUUGGAAGAGUCGUGGACCAUUGAUGAUGUUGCAUUCAACGUCCAAGGUCUGUCGAUGGACUGCUUCAUACCCCCCAAAGAACUCAACAAAGACUACCCUCAAGAACAUCUAGAUUGGAGAUCACCCUUGCAUACAUGAUCCUUCGUCCCACCAAAUCUUACUUAUAAUGCUAACUAACUGUUACUCAACGUAUAAAGUAUAUGUAGAUUGCUUUGUAAUUGUGUAUUACUGAUUUUCGUCAUAUAUAACAGAUUUGGACUGGUAAUUGUGUCUCUCUGCCAUGUGAUUCGGGGCAUCCUUGGUGUCUGUCGGGUAUUAUUUGUCCGUAGAAUGUUGCUUUUUUUCGGUUCCUUGUAUUGAAAUAGGCUGGAUUUGUGCCCGGUUUGUUGGGUACCUUUUGGCUGCUUUAGACUGAUGUAAAGAACUGUAAAACUCACGUUCUUAUGCCAGUUGAUUGUCUCA